AUGUAUGGAUUCGGGGACUUGGAGAAAAACAGAGGUCAACCUAGGCUUUGCACGGGAAUCGAUGCGACGGCGGAUCUUGCCGGAUCUGAGGCGCCGGCGGCCGGAGAUGUCGGGGACGGGGCCGGAGAGGCCGGAUCCGGCGGCGGCGUGGCCGGAAGACGGCGGGGACGGGGUGCCGGCGCGGAGGGCGGCGACCGGCGGCGGGGCACGGGAUCCGGCGGCGGGCGCGGGAUCCGGGGCCACCGGGCGGCGGGCGGCGGGGUCGCCGGCGGCGAGGCUCGGGCGGCUGGAGGCGGCGGGGCACGACGGCGGGAGGCGAUGGGCAGCGCAGGGUGCCAGGGAGGCGGGCGGUGGCGCUCCGGGCCGAGAGGGCCGCGCUUGGGCCUCACGGGCCCGCGAUGGCGCGCGGCGGAGGGAGGCUGA